CUCAAAUCUAAUCAACACUACAUAAACUCAAAAGAUAAUGAAUCCUAUGUUUUACUCCCUUCUUGCCCUAACCGCUGUUUUGGCUGCUACCGCAAAUGCCGGUGGACCGCCAGUUCUCGACAUUUAUGGUAAACCCAUAUUCGGCGGGAGUUACUACGUUCUCCCCGCCAUCUCCGGCCCUGCAGGUGGCGGCCUGACUCUCGUACGCCCCCCUAGUGACAAGCAAUGUCCUCUCUAUGUCGGACAGGAGUCUUCAGAGGUGGAGAAGGGCACUCCCGUAAAAUUCUCAAACUGGAGGUCUAGAGUUGGGUUCGUUCCUGAAUCAGCAGACCUCAACAUCGAGAUGGAUGGUGCAGCUACGAUUUGCGUUCAGUCAACCUACUGGUCGCUUGUUCCGUCAAACUUGUCCAUCAUGAAUUUUUACGUAGAGGCUGGUCCUAAGCCGAAACCUGGAGAAGAUUUGUGGGGGAGUUUCUUCCAGAUAAAAAGAUCUGGAGAGUUUCAUAACGGCUACCAUAUUGCGUCUUGUUCUAACGAUGGCGAUUGCAUGAAUCUCGGUAUAUCCACGGACGAAUCUGGCGUUCGGCGUUUGACCUUAUUAGGCGUUACCUCGCCAUUCCCGGUUGUGUUCAUGAAAGCUAGUGACAUAGAGACUUCGCCCAAAACUAUGUCUAUUAUCUGAGAGAAAUCAAAGACUGCAGUAUCAAGAAAAUAAGAGUUUUAACCUACUACUAAUAAUAAAACUCUGUUUGUGUUCACUGUUUUCCUUUUUUCAUCAAUCAUCAUAUAUGGAAUAAAACACCUUCCCUUUGUUUAUUUUUUCAGUUUUGUCUCUAGUUGAAGAUUCACAUAACUUGGAAAUUAAACAAAAACAUUUUUAUUUCC